CCAUACAUAGAAGCAAAAUAAUACAACAAACAAACAAACCAUCGUCGCCCUCUUAUUCCAUAUGGGAGGAGCUUCACCGACGGCGAGGUUCGGCGGUGACAAGAAGGCGUACGGAGCGGUGGUACUAAUACAGCUUAUCUACACCGGGAUGUUCCUCCUCUCCAAGAAGGCGUUCGACGGCGGCUUCAAAGCUUCCAUCUUCGUCUUCUACCGGCAGACCUUCGCCGCCGCCCUCAUCGUCCCUCUCGCCCUCUUCCUCGAAUGGUAAAAAUUAUAAAUACACAAUAUUAUUUCCACUUCAUCAAUAUAUUCACUACCUUUGACUCUUUUUAUUACAUUGAUAUAACACUUUUUUCAUGGUCCAAACCUCGGCCGGAGGCGAACAGGAAGCACGCGCCGGCGCUGUCGCUCCCCACCUUCUGCAAGAUCUUCGCCCUCUCCCUCUUCGGGAUAACGUUGAGCUUGAACAUCAAUGGGAUAGCUUUGAUCUACACUUCAGCCACUUUGGGUGCUGCCAUUGGUAAUACCCUGCCAGCCAUUACGUUCUUCGUGGCUCUUCUAUUCGGAAUGGAGAUAUUGAAGGUGAAGACAAAACCAGGGAUGGCAAAACUAGGUGGGAUAGUUAUAUGCAUGGGAGGAGUGGCAGUUCUUGCUUUCUACAAAGGCCCCCAUUUUAAGGUCUUGUCUCUCUUUAAACAUGAUGACCUCCAUGGACAUGACCUUAGACCUCAGCAAAACUCUAGCUCUUUUCAUAACACAUGGGUCAAAGGUUGUUUCUUGAUGCUCUUCUCCAACAUAAGCUGGGGCUUCUGGCUCAUCUUUCAGGCAAUACUUCUGAAAAGCUACCCAUCAAAGCUUCUCUUCACAGCUCUUCAAUGCGUUCUGAGUUCGAUUCAGUCCUUAGUUGUUGCAGUUGCCAUUGAGAGAAAUCCCCACGAGUGGAAGCUUGGAUGGAAUAUGAGACUUGUGGCUGUAACUUAUUGUGGAUUUGUGGUGACUGGAGUGACAUAUUACUUGCAAGCAUGGGUUGUAGAGAAGAAAGGUCCAGUCUUUCUAGCAAUGUCUACUCCUUUGAUUUUGAUCUUCACAAUGUUGUUUUCUGCACUGCUAGGCGACUUCAUCAAUCUUGGAAGUGUAUUGGGUGGAGUGUUGUUGGUUGGAGGACUUUACAGUGUUCUAUGGGCAAAAGGCAAAGAAGAAAAGAUUAUGAUUGCUGAGAAUAUUGACGAGAAGAUGAAGACUACACAAGUGGAAAAGGAGAGCUUAGAGCUUAAACAAGUCGCUACAAUCAUUAGCAUCCCCGAUCAUCAAGCAUCACAAACCAAUGAGUCGAGUUAAGUUUUGAUGGGGAAAUUAAGAUCUUCACAAAAGUCAGGAGGGCUUAGAGCUUAUAGAAGUUGAUACAACCGUUAGCAUCCCCGAUCAUGAAGCGUCACAAAUCCAGGAGUCGAGUUG